AUGGAACCCUGGCCCCUGGCGAGAAUCCUCCUGCCUGGCAGGAAAGAAGAAGAGGAAGAAGAGGAAGAAGAAGAGGAAGAAGAAGAGGAAGAAGAAGAGGAAGAAGAAGAAGAGGAAGAAGGAGAGGAAGAAGAAGAGGAAGGGAACCAGAAUAUCACAGAUGACUUCUCAUCCCAAGAAGCAGUCCGUGCUGCCUGGGAAGCUUUAGAAGGUUUGAGCCAAGAAGACCGACGUUAUGCUUUUGCCAAUGCUGUAGCCUGCAUGUUCUUGAAGGGUCAGCAGCAGCCGAUCUUGGCGCAAUCCUUGGUGUCCAAUCGAAAUCUGCAAACAGCCCUGGGCUUUGAUGGCCAUCCAGGUUUUGCUAGAGUAGCUUCGGUGCUAUGCGAUGCCUCCCAAGUGGACACCUCAACGAGUCUGGCAGCAAGUCUGCUGUUGGGUCGUGGCUGGGAGAGCGUGGGCAGUUCUCAAGAAACGCUCAAAAACACCGUGGCGAACCUUUUGGUGGCCAUUCUGGGAGGUCCUGACAACAACCACUCGAGCAUGCUCUUGCUGGAGCCCUUGGCCAUGUUGAACACCUUCCCUGUGGGCUUUGUCUUUGGAGCUAUGCCUGGCCCCGAGGGUUACCAUUUCGAUUGCGGUUGCGCCUUAGAUGCUCAAGGGCGGGCUUUUGGAAACCGACCGCACAUCAAUGAAGUUCAACGCUGUGGGUCGGAUGUGGCCGAGUUUGCUUGCAGCUAUGCCAUGAACUUCGCCCUUCGCUGCUUCGGGUGCGUGAGUGGCUGCCAGCAGCUCUCUGAGGAAGACCGAGCCCUCUGUUUCUUGGAUCUCUUCCACCAGUUUCGCACUUUGGCUUCAAUGAGAGAGCUAUGGAAGGGCCUCGACCAAGUGGUGGGCAAUCUACCACAACUUCGGGAGGAAGCCUUGCAGGUUUCUCAGGCCACUGGGCUCUGCAUUUUUUUGAAAACGACGUCAAAAGCCUUAGCACUGAUGCCUUUUGAAGAGAAGAACAAGAACAAUUUGGACUAA